AUGCAUUUUUGCUGCGCGGCAAAAACGCAUAAAAAAUGUAAAGAACUAGGCAAUUUUUUGCAGUGGACGUCCAUGAAUUUCUUCCUAGCCAAUUUGGCUGUUUCUGAUCUCCUUGUGCUUUUGGUGUGCCUUCCACCGACCGUUAUUAACGAUAUCACGAAAACAUUCUGGUUCAGUUCAACGCUUUGCAAAGCAAUUGUUUUUUUCCAGAAUACCAGUGUCUAUGUGAAUAUUUUAACACUGGUCUGUAUAUCGGUGGAACGCUGGCAUGCCAUAUCUUCACCGUUACAACGUGAACUGUGGAAGACCAGGCGAGUGAUCGCCGUGAUAUGGUUCGUCGCGAUGGUGCUAUCACUGCCGGAACCACUGACAGUCACUACAUUUCCGGCAGUCUUUACUCGGCCUAAUUUUACUACCACGGUAACAAUAUUCAUUCAUUUAGGCAAUGCUCGCGCGCAUCUCGCAACUACACCAACUACAGAAAAUUGC